UACUCCCUACCACACACAAUCAAAUCAAAUCAAAGACCCUUUUCUUCUCUCUUCUCUCUUCUCUCUUCUCUUCUCUUCUGCUUCUCUAAUGGCCAACGCCGUCACCCUGAAAUCCAAUGCCUUCAUCUUCUUCAACAAAACCCGAAACCACAUUUCUCUUCCUCUCUCUCCUUCCCAGUUGACAUUCUCUUCAACUAAAAACAGAUUCACUUCUAUGGCCGCUCUCACUGCUCAACCUACUGCUACUCUCGGACUCUCCCAAACUUUCUCCACCUUGAAACAGCAGGGAAAGGUGGCAUUUAUCCCUUUUAUCACUGCUGGUGAUCCUGAUCUUGAGACCACCGCAAAAGCUUUGAAGGUUCUUGAUUCUUGUGGAUCAGAUAUAAUUGAACUGGGUGUCCCUUACUCUGAUCCUUUGGCUGAUGGUCCUGUUAUACAGGCUGCAGCUACUCGUUCCUUGGCAAGAGGGACCAAUUUUGAUUCAAUUAUUUCAAUGUUGAAAGAGGUGGUUCCGGAGUUAUCUUGUCCGAUUGCUUUAUUCACAUAUUACAACCCUAUUCUGAAGCGUGGUACUCAGAAUUUUAUGUCUAUCAUAAAAGAUGUUGGUGUACAUGGGCUUGUAGUCCCUGAUGUUCCAUUAGAAGAAACUGAUAACUUAAGAAAGGAAGCUCUGAAAAAGGAUAUUGAACUGGUAUUGCUUACCACACCCACUACUCCCAAUGAUCGAAUGAAAGCCAUUGUUGAAGCUGCUGAAGGAUUUAUCUAUCUGGUGAGUUCAGUUGGAGUUACUGGAACCCGUGAAUCUGUUAGCGGACGAGUUGAAGGUCUUCUGAGGGAAAUCAAAGAGGUAACAAAUAAGCCUGUUGCGGUUGGUUUUGGCAUAUCAAAGCCUGAGCAUGCAAAACAGGUUGCUGGAUGGGGAGCUGAUGGUGUGAUCAUUGGGAGUGCCAUAGUGAAGCUGUUGGCCGAGGAUAAACCUUCCGAGGAAGUCUUGAAAGAUCUCGAAAUUUAUGUCAAAUCUUUGAAAUCUGCUCUUCUUUGAAGCUUGAAACAAACAGCUUGUCGAUAGGUGAACUGUAAUAAAAGUGGAUUUUUGUGACCUUUCAAAACUGAAAUAAGAAAAGAUCGACACAAACACACCUUUUAGCUCAA